AUGUCGAAUACACCAGGGCUAGACGCUGCUCAGCCCAAAGAUGCCGCCCAAGACAUCAACCCCUGGAGCGUGAGUGGUGCCAUCGUCGACGGAAAGCUCAAGGAGAUCGAUUACAGCCGACUCGUCGAGACAUUUGGAACGCAUUUAAUCUCUCCUGAGCUGCUGGAACGGUUUGAACGAGUGACUGGCCACAGACCGCAUCCAUUUCUACGCAGAGGUCUCGUUUUCAGUCAUCGCGAUCUCGAUUGGAUUCUCAGCCGACAUGAAAAGCGCGAGCCUUUCUUUCUGUAUACAGGUCGCGGACCCAGCAGUGACAGCAUGCAUCUGGGACACAUGGUUCCAUUUACUUUUACCAAGUGGCUCCAGGAUGUGUUCGACGUACCCCUCGUGAUUAUGAUGACCGACGACGAGAAGAUCAUUUUUGGAAAGAAGCCACAUACAUUGGAGGAGAUGCGAGGUUUUACUCGAGGCAACGCAAAGGAUAUUCUGGCAGUGGGAUUCGACCUGAAGAAAACAUUUCUAUUCAGCGACUUUGAUUUUAUGGGCGGUGCCUUUUAUCAGAACGUGGUGCAAAUUUCCCGUCUCAUCACAUACAACACCAGCAAGGCAGUCUUUGGUUUCAAUGACAGUGACAAUAUUGGAAAGUCGCACUAUGUGGCUGUCCAGUCGGCGACUGCUUUCGCGACCACAUUCCCGCACAUCUUCGGACCCAACCAGAAGAAAAACGCGACGAUUCCAUCGCUUAUUCCUUGCGCCAUUGAUCAGGAUCCCUACUUCCGUGUCUGUCGCGAUGUGGCACCUCGUCUGGGGUACUGCAAGCCAGCCCUGAUUCACUCCAAAUUCUUCCCCGCCCUGCAAGGCUCUACAUCCAAGAUGAGCGCCUCGAUCGACUCCAGCGCUAUUUUCAUGAAUGAUACGCCGAAGCAAAUUGAAAAGAAAAUCAAUAAAUAUGCAUUCUCGGGCGGUCGCGACACAGUAGAGGAACAUCGUCAAUUUGGCGGCAACCCAGACGUUGACGUUCCUUUCCAAUAUCUCAGCUUCUUCUCUAACAAUGAUGAGGAGCUCGGGCAAAUCCGCACUAGGUAUAAGAAGGGUGAGAUCCUGACGGGGGAGCUAAAGAAGAAGUGCAUAGCGAAGCUGCAGCAGUUUGUCAAGGACUACCAGGCGCGUCGGGCAACAAUUACUGAUGAGCUUCUUGAUGAGUUUAUGGCCAUUCGGCCUCUUGUUUGGAAACAGGGUCGGACCGAUGAUGCUUGA